CAGACAAGAUUCUCUUCUCCUCGUGUGUCGUGUGUGGCCUUGAAAAGUUUUGAUUGAAAAUGUCGGCUGCGGCGGGAGAUUGGUGUUUGAUUGAAAGUGAUCCAGGAGUAUUUACCGAGUUGAUUAAAGGAUUCGGAACUACUGGUGUGCAGGUAGAAGAAAUAUGGAGUUUAGAUGAAACAAGCUUUGCAAAUCUUAAACCUGUACAUGGAUUGAUCUUUCUCUUCAAAUGGAAACAAGGAAUUGAAGGAUCCGGGAGUGUUGUUCUAGACGACAGGCUCAACACUAUCUUUUUUGCCAAGCAGGUGAUUAACAAUGCCUGUGCAACUCAAGCCAUCUUAAGCAUCUUGCUUAACUGUAAGCACAAAGAUUUCAACCUAGGAAGCACACUAACUGAUUUCAAGGAAUUCUCACAAACAUUUGAUCCCACUAUGAAAGGUCUGAGUAUCAGUAAUUCAGAAACCAUUAAAGAAGUACACAACAGUUUUUCAAGGCAACAGAUGUUUGAAUUUGACAAGAGCAUGUCGAAAGAUGCGGAUGCCUAUCAUUUUGUUGGCUUCAUGCCAAUUGAUGGUAGACUCUAUGAACUUGAUGGAUUGAAAGAUGGUCCUGUAGACUUGGGAAAAUGUGACCAAGAUGAUUGGUUGAAAACAGCAAAGCCAGCCAUUGAAGAAAGAAUUAGCAAGUAUAAUGCAGAUGAAAUUCAUUUCAAUUUAAUGGCUAUAGUGUCAGACCGAAAAAUGGUUUAUACAAGGGAACUGAAUAAGUUGACAGAAAAGGUGCAGGAAAUACAAGACAAGUCUGAAGCUAUGGAAACAGAAGAUUCAGAACAAACACUAAAUGACUUACAAGCAGAAAUCAGUAGACUUCAGGACAAAAUUGAAGAAGAGAAUAAAAAAAUGCAACGUUAUAAAGUUGAAAAUAUAAGGAGGAAGCAUAAUUAUUUACCACUUAUCAUGGAGAUGCUUCGGUUGUUGGCCAAGAAUAAUCAGCUUGUGCCACUUGUUCAGAAGGCUAAAGAGAAGGCAGCUCUGAAAGAAGAGGCUAAGAAAAAGGAAAGUGCCAAGUGAGAGCAGCAGAUAUCUAUUUCCAUGUCAGCUAAACAGCUAAGUACAACAGUUUUCUGUUAUAAUGAAAGAAAAAGAGCACAAACAAAAUACUGUUGUUAUGAUACAAGAACAUGUUGAGCAGAAAUUUUCCAAUUAAACCUUGGUCAAUGUCAGCCUUUUACAAAAUGUAUUCAGUAACAUGGUCUAAUACCCAUUUCACACUAGCAGAAAAUAUUACAACUUUUAACAAUAUUAACAAGUUGUAACAAGUUUGAUAUUCCGAGAUUUUUGGUUCGUUUCACACAUGCACUUUCAAACCAUGAGAAAUCUUGGGAAAACUUGGAAGAAUAAUGACUAGGCCUAGUAGUAGGCUAGUUGUAGGUUGUCCGAAUUACAGAUCAACUACUAAACUAGGCCUGGUACCGAAUUAACAAGAUUAUAAUUAUUCCAUGGUCCUUAGCCUUCGGAGAGUAAAACGAAUUCAACUCCUAGCUCGCUUGCUGUAGUCGAGCUGGCGAGAAAGAUAGGCCUAGGCUAGCUAGGCGCAGUCGGGCCGCUGGCCGGUAGCUCACCAUUGUUGUUAGAGGCAAUCAGUGCAACAAGCAUCAUAAUGAUUCGUUGUCGGCGUAUUUUACGAAGCCUCAUGAUUGUUUCUACAUGUGAAAUUUAGCGAGAUUUCUUUUGAUUUUAGGUCUAGGCCUAUUAACAAAUGGUAGUAAAUGUUGAUACGUUUUCCAUCGCUGCCGCCAUUCAUUCGAACUAAAAAAAAAAAAACACAGCCCGCAAAAAGGUCAAAAUAUGGACGUGAUGCAUGCGCAACAACAACUCGGAAAAUUUCAGGAAAAAAACAGGCCUGGCGAUGGUCUGUUUUUGUUCCGAGAUAGCUCAGGGGACCCCUGUGAAAUCUCGGAAAGUUUUACAAGGAUUUGCUUUCAUACUCAUCCAAACCUGGUUACAACUUGUUACAAGUUGUUAAUAUUUGCAAAAUAGCAUCAGUGUGAAAUGGGUAUAAGUGGUGCUAUAGUUUGUGAACCUAUAAUUGGGUUCUUACUUAGUCAGUCAAUUCCUUGUAGUAUAAGCCAGUAUUUUGUCGUUUGAACAUGAUGUCAGUUAAGAAUUUAUUUAUCUGUAAGAAAUGUGUUUGUGUUGAACAUUUUCAACCAGAACUUCAAAUUUGUUGUUUAGCGACUCAUUGUCAGCGUUAAUUGCUCUGUAAAAUGUAUGACAUUUCUUCUAUUUUUUAAUCAAUACUGGUGUGCUAAAUUAUCUUAAAUUAGUUAUAAAAUAUCAUAUAUUUCUGUUAAUUGAAUGGUUCAAUAGUGAAUGGUUGAUUUAUAAAAUAAUAAAUGUAAAGUAAUCAAUGCUUUAUAAAUAUAUGAUCAAAACUAAUAACAUAUAAAAUUGAUACCAUAUGUUAUAAAUAAAUGGUCAAUAACUAAUACGUACUUGAUAAAGUAAUCAAUACAUUAACUGUGGAUUAAAUCCUGAUACCAAUAAACUAUCAAUACUGUACAAGAUCAAUAACUAUUUAGUGAAUAAUUUGAGGUCCAUGCUGAUGACACAGUGUUGAUAGCAGAAAGUGAAGGCACUCAUAUUCUGGAUAUAAUAAGAAUACCAAAUAAAAAUUAUCAUUGAGGAAAGACUA